UAAAGAUUCAGUUGAUCGGACAGUAACUGAAUUUCCGUCUCGAUAAAUGGAAUUCUAUCGUAUGAGAUCUUCCUUUUUUAACCUACGCGUUCUCCAUUCAAUUUCUACCAUUAUGGAUCUCAUCAAUUUCGCGAAACUCGAAUUAAACGCGAAAUGCAUAAAACUUCAAUAUGUUGAGAGCGUAGCAAUAUUUAAUACCAUUCCAGAUGGUACCGUUAACGACAGUGAACUUGUGCCAUUAAAGUUAGUGAACUUAUGUUGAAAAUUGUUCUGCUCUAACGAAAGUGUCUUCCAGUCCUUCUCUUCCAUUACAUACUUCAUCAACUUCAUGGGACCAGUUUGUGGCUGAAGUACAAGGUAGCGAAAUAAGGUUCUCCACUCGUUCCCAAGCUUUACAGGUCUUAUCAACUUUGCGAAACCAGUUGGCAAACGGAGUACAGCAAGGCGAAGCGAACCAGUUGGUUCGACUUCGCGAAUCAACGGAACACGAUGUUCGCGGUGCUCCAGGGACUCUCUUCCUCGAGUCCGCGAGCAACCACAACGACAGAUUUAUAAACGGUGUAUAUACGAGAACUCGACGAGAGCACGGAGCCUGCACCGAUCUAUGUACUCAAUAAGUCUUCGAGGGUCGAACCGAGAGGAUAGGCACGUCGACGACAUGUUAAAGUUCCCUCGUACGUUUCGCGAAGUAACGAAGAAAUUUAUGAAACGAAACGAUCAAGGCUGGUGGCUGAGCCGAGAGAUUUUAAUUAUGUACAGCAUGCAGAUGUUUAUUCAUUUAUGAAAAACUCCAACGUGCAAGAAUGUUAAUAAUAUGUGAGUAUACGUUGAAAUUAUUACCGAGAUUUUAUUCGCAUUGUUAUUGAAUUUCUGAAACAUAAUAGACCUUGAGAAAAUUUCGACAGCGAAUAACAACGCUUUCAGCUCGCUUCUGUUGCCGCAGAAAUUGCGACACGGAGAUUUCGAGAUUUUUUGCAAAUGACACAAAGCUUAAAUAACAAAAGAUUGCUGAAUGUGGAGAAGGAUAUCAACUUUAUUGAGUGGAAGGUUUAUUGGCCAAAUCGGUUAGCUCCGCGAAACAAGAAAUAAAGAAAAUUGAUGAGAUUGUAUCGGAUGAGCAUUGAUCAAGUACUUUGGCACUAAAAUUUCAAAGAUCUCAAAAAGUGGCCUGCGAUCGACACAAAUAUUAGAUAUUAACCUACAUCUCUCUCUCUCUCUCUCUCUCUCUCUUCUUCCUCCUUUCAUAGUAAUAAAAAUCUAUCCUCCGAUGAUUCAAAGAAAUGAAACAAGUAAAGAAACCUACAUAUCUCUAAAAAUUACUAUAAGAAAUGCUAUUAUGAUUCGUUUAUACCAGUAAAAAGUUCUAAAGAACAUAUAAUGAUCAAAUAAACGUCCGAAAGAACGAGCAAACAAUUAUAUUCCACAUGGAACUCUCAUUAACGCGGCUCACGUGGAGCGUCGAUUUCUUUUUCCUCCUCAUCAUCGUACAAAGACCUGCAUACACAAUAUGGCUGGCGCGCGCGUUUUAUUCGCUCGCUCUAUCAUCCUGUUUGGUUAUUCAUAUUUGUUACUUCAGGGUUCGACCCAGUCAUAUGAAUCAAGAUGCACGAACGAGGCUUCAGGCCGUGAAUUCAUCUACGAUAAUAAAUCGUCGCGAAUCGCUGAUUCACUCUUUAUAUGCUCAUUUAUGCGCGCGCGCGUUCGCUCGUUUGACCACGUUUCUCGAAAUAGACACGCGCGUGUGCGUGUGGUAAAAUUUGUUUCUUGCUGUGGCAAACAAAAAUCCACGGUUGCUGAACCCUCGUGCAUCCGUUUGUAAAAUAUUGAAACAACUGGCUGAAUAUUUACGAGCGUUCUUUCUUCGAUAACGCGGCCGCACGAACGAGGAAUUCAAUGGCGAGAUGGGGUCGGAAAGAUUUUUAAUUGUUGGAAUUGAUUCAAUGGCAGGGAAUAGAGAUCUUUUGUCUUUCCGCCAGCUAAAUCGAGAUGGAACGUAAGUGCGUUGUUCGUUAGUAUUAAUAGCUAAUUUCGAGCGCAUUCUCGGCUUUUUUUACUCACAAUAUUAUAUAUGUUAAAUACUUUUGAAACAAAUGUCGUUACAUCCGUUCGUAAAACAUUUACGAUCUAACGGGUGGUCCGAGACUUCUGCAUAGUUUUAAGUUCUAUACGCCUUUAACGUUGAUAGGUUUGGUAAGUUUAAAUUAAAUUUGGGCAAGUGAACAAAUGCAGAACUUUUAACGUCAAGUAUAGAAGACGAGAGUAUUAAAGUGAUUUAGUUUGAGCAAUAUUGGUUUUUCCAGGAAGGAGUAGAAAUUAUGGAACAGCUUAAUCUAGGGAUGGAAAAUUUCAGAUGCUAGGAGAGCAGAGUAUCGAACGUUCUAAUAUAAACUUGCAAGAGAUGAAUGCCUCCAUGUAGAAGCGAGAAACGUUGAACACUUUAUAGAAAUGGAAAAUUUUGAAUUUGUUGGAACGCAUGUAGAGGAGAAAAUUUAUCGAAUGUACAAGUUUGUUAAUAACCUCCGGAGGUUAUUAAUAUUCUUACGUAAAAGUGAAGAACACUUUAACGAGGAAGUGGAAGAUUUUAUUCCAAUAGUCUAAAGCAUAAGAUUAUGUAUUAUUUAUAGGUAUCGGAUGUUCUAGUAUAAAAUUGGAGUACAUAGACUAUUUAUAUUCCUUGGUAUAAUUGAACGCUCCAAUAUAUAUACAAGUGGAAGAUUUCAAAUGCACGAACGCAGAAGAGACUGUCGAACGCUCCAAUCCUUCGUGGACAAACUAGAUCGUUCGUAGAUCUAAGCUUAUCCUCUUCUAUUACUCUACUUUUAAAAAUUUUAAAAAGAUCUCAUAUUAUUUAUCAAUAUCUAUACUACAUUAUACGAUCGUUCUUAUUAUGUAUAUAUAUAUUAAAUCCUUUUAAAUAAAAAUAAAAAUUCAAAGGUGAAAUUUAUUAUUAUUUUGCAUCUAAGGAAAUAUAGAACGAUUAUUAUGAUAUAGUUAGAAACUUCAUGCGUUCAUAGAAGCGAAGAACAUUAACCAUAUCAUAUAAAACAAGAAACUAUUAAACGCUACAUGUAUCACGCAUGUAGAAAAUUUAUACAAAUCCACAGAACUUAGAACGCUAUAACGUAGAAUCGGAAGAUACUAAAAUACUCUAAUGCAUAAAUGAAGAACAUUAAAUCCUCUGAUGUAAAAUUAAAGAAUAUCGAGCGCUCUAUCAGAGAGUUAACAAACAUCGAGCAUUGCAAUGUAACAUUACGAAAUAUUAAAUAUCCUAAUAUAAGGACGAAGAACGUCAAACGUCACGAUGUAAAAUUGAGAAAACAUUAAAUCGUUCGCUGUACGAGCACUAAACUAUCCGAUUUGUAGAGUAGCAGCUCCAUCAUGGGAAAUGGAGAAUAUUAAGUUCCAUAUUGUAAAACUAGGGGUUAUUAGAUGUCUCUAUAUAAAACUGAAGAAUAUCGAAGUAUCUGCUGUUAAACAAGAUAAAAUACGACAGAGUCGGAUAAGCGGAAUAAAAUAACGAUUACGACGUAACGUAAAAGACAAGAAAGGCGACGCGUGACGUUUUUUCAACUCCCGUCUGGUCCAUACUUUUUAACGAGCUGGUAAUAAAGUGAGCCAUUCAGCCGAAAUGAAUUUAUGUAUACUUCACGCGACAUGGAAAUGUGCACCGGCUUCCAAUUGCCACUUCAAUAGGCGUUAACGCAGAUAAAUGGCCCCCAACCGCAAUCAUCGACGUUCUUCGUGGCUUCCAUCAGCUUUUCUAUUAAUGUAUUCUAUAAAAUCGUAUCGUUGCCGAUUUACCGCGAAACUCUUAGCCACCCUUGUUGCCUACCGCAAUUUAUUGAUCCUAUAAAUAUCCAAAAGCGAUUGUCUUACGGAAAUAGGAUUUAAAAUAUGUCGUCAAUCUUCUGCUAAAUGUGAAUCUAUUUUUAGUUUGUCUGGCGAAUCUUAAAUAUUUUGGUUUAUUUGAAUUUGUAAGAAUUUCGUGAUCUAAAGAACUGUAUAAUCUAACACGUACUGUACACGUUGAACAAAAAUUAUUUGAUUAGAUAUCAAUCAGAUAUUUAUAUUUUCUCAAUCGAUACUACACCUUCCAUUCAUGAUCAGUCAAGAGCUAUUUCCAUAAAGUGAAAGCGUCUCAGGUUCCACCUGGUCCAAUAGAAAUAAAAUAACUAAGUUUACGUUAUCUAGAAUAAAUACGAAUAAAUAUGAAGUAUUAGCACGAGUAUUCUACUUUGUACAUUUUACGUAUUUUCUGCUUUUGCGCUUCCAAAUUUCCUACAGAUGCAUAUAUAUCAGCGGUAUAUUAAUCAGUUCGAAAGGAAGACCACCAUUUCAUACUUUGAAAUAGAAAGAAUCGAACAUUAGCGUGCAAGGAAGAUAAUUUCACUUGUGACUCAUAUUCUCAAUCUCUUGGACAUAAUAAUUUAGGGAAUUUCUGGUUAACUCCGCUGCACUCUUUCACUCAUUCUCGACCCAAUAACGUAUAUCUUUCUAACCUUAAGGAGUAUCUUAACCUUGAGCAAACUAUGACAAAAUUAUUAUUGUUACGCGUGACUUUUCAUUUCGAUUCUCUAUUAAACGUCUUUCUAAAACAUUGGACAUCUUCUUUAUUUGCCAAGACGAAAGCAACAUUGAAAUAUCAAAAUUCGAGGGUCGCAGCAGAGUUAAAAGAUAACUCGCUCAAUAAGUUCGCUGUUAUGGAAAGAUUCAUCGUGUGGAAUCUCAAAACCAAGCAAAGCUAACUGGUCGUUACUCAAUUAUAUGAAAUCCAAUUAACUUCGCUGCCAGUCCCCUUGUGCGUGAAAUAAUCUUCAAACGCUAGCGAAAUAAAAACAUUAUCCAGUGGCCUAACAAGGUGGAACGGAAGAAUUGGUCGCCACCUGACGAAGGAACACAACCGAUUCGAUCCAUGACGCGAUUCGUUGUACCUUGCGUGGAUGGUAUGGAAACGUAGGCUCGCCGGAAGCCGAUAAGGGAGGAAAAAGCACGUUCAGUGCGUAAAGUUGGCAUCCAGGGUCGAACAAGGCGAGUAUAGAGCGUGGCUCGGUAACAUAACGGAUGUAUCGGAUGUCCAGAUCUCUCAACCUGCUGCCGCGCAGAAUUUUUCGUGGCUCGCAACGACCCGCUGACCACUCUCCUCACUUGAUAUCCGAUAACGUCCACGGAGGUCCUUAUUAUACCCAACAGGACACAGCCUCUCCUUCUCACGACUUUUACGGAUUCUCUCCCGGACCCGGGAAUAUCCGCUUUCUGAUCAAACGUUCGUUUGGCCACGAGAGUACGUCGAAGAGAAACGAACAAGGUGUGAAGGAUUUUAGGAAGAGGGAAGUGUCUGACAAACAGAGGAUAAUGAAAAGUGAUUUUAUAAUCCUAAGAAACCCCAGAAAAUAAGCUAUUGUUCAAAGUUUCCGACGAAAUUUGUAUCCUGUCUGGUAUCAUGAUCGAGACUAAUGCGGACGUUACUUGCAAUGCGAAAUCCGGACAAAAAUCUUUGCUCGAAAGAUAUGAUAUACCGGUCGAGCAUCUUUCGUAUGAAUACAUUUCCGAAUGUGCGGGCGCAAAAAAGUUGGAGCGCAUAGUAACUAUACUGCGUUCCGGUGAAGAAGGACACUAUCCAGAUUUACUGAAGCAUGCGGAGGAACGCUUGAGCGUUAUUAAGCCAACUAGUAUAAUAUUAAGAAAGUCUGAACCCAUUCUUAAACGCAAUAUGUUAGAACCAAAUGAAUAUAAGGAAAUUGAUAAAGAUAUUAAGAAUUGGAUGUCUGAAAUGCAGAUUCGAGAAAGGGACUUAGAAGAAGGGAAAACUACAAUAUUAGAUCUUCUCCUCGCGCCGGAUAUCCGACAAUUUAAAGAGCAAUCUGUAAAGAAAAAUUCUGUAAGAAACUCGAGAAGUGCUAAAAGCAGACAGAUUGCUUCGUGUGAUUACGCUGCUUGGGAUAAAUAUGACGUUGACACUGAAUUGAAUAAAAUGGAUAUACAAGAUGAACAACAAAAGGUUGAAGCGAAAAGAUUACAGCAGAAACAGAACGAAAUAAUUGAGAAAAAUAAAUUGAAAAAACAUAGUAUUAUUAAUAAAGCUGCACUGACAGGAACCGAAUUGGACGUGAUGGCAAAACAGGAAAAGGAAAAAGGAAACGAGGCUUUCAGAGCUGGAGAUUACGAGGAAGCGUUGGAGCAUUACAAUACUAGCAUAAAAAUGAAUUCAAACAUAAUUACGUACAACAAUCGCGCGAUAACGUACAUUAAACUUCAGCGGUACGAAGAUGCUCUUAAUGACUGUAACAUAGUACUUAGCAUAGAACAUACGAAUAUUAAAGCCCUUCUUCGUCGAGCUGUAAGUUUAGAACAUUUUGGAAAGUUAUCUCAGGCAUUGGCAGACUACGAAGCUGCUUUGAAAUUAGCACCAAACGAUAUAAUGGCGAUUAUCGGCGUAAAAAGAUUAAGGAAACCAUGUAACUCUAAAACAGUAAGAAUGACUAUCACAGAAGAACAAAUAGAAGACACAAAUAAAAGAUCACAUGAAAGGUCAAAUGAAAUCGAAGAAACUAGAAAUUAUAUUUCGCAACCUGACUCGAGUUUCAAUUUAGAGAAUCACAUAUGUUUUUGCGACAAGGCGCCGGGUCCGUCGCAUUGUUUAAGGCCAAGACCACAUAUUAAAGCUGAGUAUUGUUUUGAGGACGAUAAAGGGACGACAACAAUUAAAACUUCAAAGAAAUCUAAUAGUGCUCAAAAAAUUAUUAAUUUGAACACUGUACCGACCAAAAACUAUGUUUCUUUUCCUAACAAUUUUUCUUUCAAUAUACCUAAAGAGACUCAAGAAAAGAGUAAUCCUGUUUUUGGUACAAAACAGAAAUCAAUUUUUUCUUUCACAAGACCUCCUGCACGAACUAGUUCAGUUAUUAUUGAGGAAUUACCUAAUGAGCCUAGUAACAAUCAGUACGCGAAUGUUAGAAUUAAGCCGAACAAAACGGUUGCAAAUAAGAAUACAGAAGUCACGAACAAAAGUGAAACGAACGAUGACAAACAAGUAGAAGUGCCGAAUGCUAAAAAUUUGAAUAAAAGUAACGAACAAAGUGGUAAUUCGAACAAGAAAUGUAACAAGAUAUCACCUGGGAAGGUAAAAGUGGCGGAUAAAUAUAAAAAUAAAACUAGUAAACCGGAAAAAUAUAUUCCGAAGGAUUUUGGAAAAAUCGAGAAUGGAUACGAAUUUAUGCGCAUAUGGCGGUCAUUGAAAAAUGAUACUGACUUAGAAGUAUACGCUCAAUUACUGAGAUCACUAGACGUCAAUAAAUUAAAUUCAAUUUUAGGCAAUGAAAUGGAUGGAGAUAUGUUCAGUACUAUCUUACAUUGUUUGGAACAGCACUUUUGCACUUCCUGUGACAUGGAGCUACUGAGUAAUUUUUUGAAAUCAUUUUGCCAAAUGAAACGUUUUUCAAUUGUGAAUAUGUUUAUGAGCACGGAAGAUAAACAAGUUAUCAGAAACAUACUCAAUUUCCUAGAAGAACAUGGAGCAUCAGGAAUUUCGUCACUGCGACAAAUUUAUUGCAUCUAAGUAUACUACGUGUAUACGCAGUUUAUGAUAUUUCGAAUUUUACAGUGACAUUUCUACCAUGAAUACCAACUUUAUACGUUCUAAUAAUAAUACAUAAGAAAAUACACUAUGAUACUUUUGUCUUCAAUUUUAUCAAUAAUUAGACAUAGUUAUAAUAAUUAUUAGCGAAUUAUAUUUCGCGAUUAAAUAUAACAUUAUAUGAACUAUCAAAAUUAUUAAUAAAUUUGUAUCUUAAUUUGU